UUGCUACUCGUAAUAGCUGAGGGGCGCAGUAUAAAAUGCUCACCGUAGCAGCUGUUCGUUCAGCAGCCUGUCCUUCGCACUUCAAGCUACACCUCAUCGUUUAAGAUGUUCUCCAAGCAGCUCCUCGUGGCCGCACUCGCGGCUGUUUCAUUGGCAAUGUCGGCCUCAGCCGUCCCACAGCCACAGAACUCGAACCUGCCGUGCUGCCCAGCUCAUCAAUUUCCGGUUUCUGACGUAGGCCUACAGACCGCUGUGCAAGCCUCCUUUCAAAUGCCCAAUUCCCUGUCAAGAGUGCUCAUCGACGUCUACGCAGACGGCGACACUGUGAUAGUUGCUUAAUUGAAGGUUAUGACUCGUAAGCAGUGGACCGUGCCAGCAUGUCGCGGUGAAGGCGAGUCACGCCGGAAUCAUUCUUAGUCAAAGCAAUACACUCCAUACAAUGGGUAGCUCACUUGUAUUCCGCCAUUCGAGGACGUUUCGAGGACGUUCCAAGGAGAUAUCAGCACCCGCUGGGAACACUCUGACGAUAUUAGUGUGCUGAAGUAUUGGAACGAUGUCACGUAUGUGCCGUACCAGCCUGGUGGGCACGUUCGUUGAACAUUCGGUGAGGAGGGGUACGUGGCA